CGCGCGAAUAACACACGCAGGUAACACAGUCCGGCGGUUAAGUGUGCGGUGACAUCAUUAUAGAUUCGAUUAUUUUUUUUUUAUACACGCCCGAUUUCUGUCGUGUAAUAAGAUUUUUUUUUUUUACAAAUCGUAUUUAAAAUUUUGUUUAUUUCUUUUCCGUUCGUAUUGUAACACGUAGAGUAGUAACAUUUCCUUGAAAACCAAACCGUACGCGAUGGCGGUGUCCACGUUGAACAUGACUCCGUACUUCACAGGAUACCCGUUUCAAGGUCAGGGCCGCAUGAACCAGCUGGGCGGUGUGUUCAUCAACGGCCGACCUUUGCCAAACCACAUCCGGUUGAAAAUCGUCGAAAUGGCCGCGGCCGGGGUCCGGCCCUGCGUCAUAUCCCGGCAACUGAGGGUGUCGCACGGAUGCGUUUCCAAAAUCCUCAACAGGUACCAGGAAACCGGAAGCAUCCGGCCCGGCGUGAUCGGCGGAAGCAAACCCAGGGUGGCCACGCCGGACGUGGAGAGGCGCAUCGAAGAGUACAAGAAAGCCAACCCGGCCAUGUUCAGCUGGGAAAUUCGCGACAAACUGGUCAAGCAGGACGGCAUAUGCGACAAGAAUUCGGCACCGUCCAUCAGUUCCAUCAGCAGAUUAUUGCGCGGUGGCAGAAGGGACGAGCUGAAGAACCAUUCCAUAGAUGGCAUUCUAGGUCCCAGCAGCGCCGACGAUUCGGACACCGAAUCCGAACCGGGUUUCCACCUUAAGAGGAAACAACGGCGGAGCAGGACCACGUUCACCGGCGAACAGCUCGAAGACUUGGAAAGGGCGUUCCACAAGUCGCAAUACCCGGACGUGUACACCAGAGAAGAGUUGGCCCAAAAGACGAAACUGACCGAAGCCCGUGUGCAAGUUUGGUUCAGCAAUCGCCGGGCUCGACUCCGCAAGCAAAUGGGCACACACCAGCACAUGAACGCCGCUGCGGCCGCUUUCAACCCGGCGGCGGCCGCUGUGGCCAGCUUGUCCGUGGCCGCGGCCGCCGGCACUUUCCAGACCGGCCAGCACGGCCACGGCGGCCAGUACGACGGCUCCGGAAGUCACCACGACCACGGCGGCGCUUCUAACUUCAAUUCGCCUCAAGGUACUACACACAGCGCUUGGCCCGCCGCUACGGGAUACGUCUACCCGACGGCCGCCGGCAACUACGGCACUACCGGCGGGAACGCGACCGGCGUGAACGGCGCCGCGGCGGCCGACACCAUGUACCACCAUCACGCAUCCCAUCACCACCAUCACCAUCACGGCCAGACCACCGCGGUGAACGGAUCCUCGUAUUCGCCACAAGCCGCCGUCACCGAUCACUCGUUGGGCGGAUGGCCCAAGUCCAACAAGGACACCUCGUGGAACCCGGACAGCUACUCAUUUUUCACCGGAGGCAAUACCAUUUACGGUUCGACGACCGGAACGAAUUUGGCACCUCACUCGGCCAGCGAAGCCAAGUCCGGAUAUCCGUACUUCGGUCAAUUGUCUCAGAUGGAUGCCAUGUGCGGUAGAGUACAUUAAACGCACGCAAUCAAUAUAAUAUUGUAUGAACGAGACGAGUAAAUAGUAUUAUUGUUUUAUAAUGUCGAACGCGUCCUUUCUCUUCCUUAAUCUAUGAUUUAGCUGUUAAUAACCGAUUUAUUAUUAUAUUUAUAUAUUAUUACACUGUACUUCGCGUUAACUUAUUUAUAUUGCAAUUAUUAUGUAUGAUUUUUAAUAGUGAAAUUAAUAUUAUCGUUGUUCGCUCAUUAUUAAUUACUGACGUUUCAUCCCUCGCGUCGUUCAACUUGCAAUCGAUGACGGUUUAAUAUAAGUUAUUCGUUGUGGACUAAAAAAAAAAAACAAAAAAUAUAUCAUAUAAAGGCGCACGUUAUAA